AUGCCUUUCCCUGAGCAGAUGCCAUCGAACUUUGGUUUCCAGUCUCCAUCCGCACCACAGUAUCAGUUUAGGUCUGUGGAAGAUGUAAACAAUGUUGUUCAAAUGCUUUUGUGGAAAAUCUCCCAGGAAUUCCGUCACACUGGACCUGGUUGUGUACAAGAAGAACUAUUUAGGAACUAUCCGACAGUUACUGAGUUCAUUAGAAGCAUACGAAUGAGUCCUGAUAAUAUACCUCGUAUCAUGGAACACAGGAGGUUAAUACAAAGGGUAAAUACACAACUUUGGGCGUAUGCUACCACGCGCAACGUUCUGACUCUCGCAGAUAUGCAACACCUAAUACAGGUGGAAUCUCCAAAUGACUAUCGUUUACUUGGUCCAAUCGUCAGGUUACCAGCGGCGUUAGAAAUACUACAAACCGAUACGUUUGACUCGCGUGUGCUAACAGCUUUUACAGUGGGCAGUUCAGAUCGAGCCUUGAAGAUGUUAACGGAAGAUGUUUUGGAAGAAUUAAAAUCAUGCAUUUGCAUUAAUAGAUUUCGUUUACCUGCAAAUGUUAGUCGAGGGUCAGUUUACGCGUGGUGGGAGUCAGUAUUCACCCAGCAUAUGCUAGCAAUCGUCAAUCAUGCUAAUGUUGUACACAUUAAUCGUCCUUCUGAUAGAUUAGACCAACUAGCCAAAUUUGGUAUAAGAAUUAAAGGGUUUUCUCAUAUUGUUCAAGAAAUCAUCAAUAAUCUACGACCUGAAAAUCUUAAUAAAGCUUCUAGGGUAGCUCAACAACUAUUAGAUAAUGAUAUACGACAAAUUUAUGAAAAUUUUGCAAACUCUAUGCUAAGUGAAUCAGCAAUAAAAUUGCAUCGAACAAAGAAACCUGUUAGUGUGUUGAAACAUUUAGCUAAGUGUGCUACACAACUGCACACUGAACUGCAAAAUUGGGCCAGAGAGAAAAAUCUAGCAUGGCCUGAAGGGCAUUUAGAUUCAUUAUUGGUGUUUGGACAAUAUAUGGAGCGGAUUGCUGCUACUGGGCCUUUUCGUACACUAAUCCACUUACUUAUACUAAUUUUCAAUACGGAAUCAAUGGAUAUUAAGAAGUUAUUGACCAAUGUUAUAUCAUCAGUUCGCGAAUCAGAUAGAGUACUAGAAACAUCAUCAUCAUGUAUUGUAGGAAAUGAGACAUCUGAAUUGAUUGACUUGACAACUAAUUCAGAUAGUGAACAAGAUGAAUCUUGUGAAAUUACAACUGAGAUUGAAGAUGCCAUCGUGAAUAAAUAUCCCAAACUCACUGAGAUUGUAAAUAGAUUUAAUCAGCUAUUAAGCCGAGAAGUUGAGAAUCAUGAUGAACAACUCUCACAAAGUUUAUGGUUAUCACUUGCAUCACUGGAGAGAGAAGUUUUACAGUCAUUAGAAGGGAAGAAAAACUGCAACACCACGACUAGUGGCAGUAGUCAUUCACGAUCUUUGUUGAGUUAUCUUGCAGAGGCUAUAAAUGAAGACGAAAGUAGUGUAAUUCCUCUUCCACUCAGUAUGGCAACCAGAUUUAAACAAGAAAAGUCACAUGAUGAUAGUGAAAAAAUCGGUACUUCACCUGAAGAAUUGUCGUCUACUACAUCAAAAGAUAUAGAUCCUUCACUAGUAUUUGAUUUUAUACAAAAGUUAACGUGUAUUUCUUCAAGGAGUAAAGAGGAAUUGUGUAAACUUGUCUGUGACAAUUUGAAUAUUGUCCAUUCAUCAAAAUUAGAUCAGUUCAUUGAUUCUAUCUUAUCUCAACUAACUGAUAGUAAUGAAGGGAAUCAGAUGAAACCAUUGGUAUAUCACCAUUCUGUUAAUCUGCCAAGUAUUUUAAGUAUUGAAGAAAUUCAACGAUCUGCUGGUUCAAAGUCAUCUGAUAUUGUUUCUCGUUUACUUACUCAACGUGAUUGUGUACUAAAUUUUCUGUCGGCUUGUCCAUCUCUAAUGGAUUUAGAGGUAUGGUCACAAUGGUAUCAAGAUGGUUUAUUCUAUAAUCGUUGGGGUAGUUUGGACACAUUUCUUGUCGAAGCUGGAAGUGAUCAAGUAUGUGGUCAAUUCAAUUUAAUCGCUAUUCGUAUCCUUCCAAUUGGCGGUGGUCCUCUUCUCCGAUUAACGGCACAUCCUUCAAUGCAUGAUUUAACCGAUGCACUGGAUAAUUGGCAAUUCACGCAUGCCUCAUACACAAUUCGUUCAAUCGGUGAUUAUUUAAUUGGUACAGCUAUUCGAAUUAAUCAAUUGACAAUUGAACAAGUGUGUUCAACGCUUAAAAAUCAAUUCAUCAACGCCAGUAGUCGAGAUGAUGGUGCCAAUGAUGCUUGGGUUUAUUUUGUGUACAGUUUGUUAAUGAAUCUACCGUUUAGUUUGUUCGGUCUGGUGUUUUCGUCGAUUAUUAUUCCUAGUUUGGAGUUGGCUGGAAUAAGAAGCUCCACUUCAUGGCCACUGGAUAUCCCUGAUAUAACGUUGAAAAACUCCAGUGUCAGUUAUAGUUUCCUGCAUAUUCUCUUCCAUGAUGAUGAUGGUGGCGGUAAUGAUAUUCUUCCAUUAUAUAAAUGUCUUCUCAAUGAUAAGAACAAUAAUAAUUCAACGGAUUCUCAACUCAAUCGAAAUUAUUUAAUCUCAGCUAUCGGUAGUAUCGGUUAUCAAUUGCAGUGGCCGGCGUAUAUUCGAUUUUUUGAAGAAAAUCGUUUCAAGCUCAUUGAUCGUAAUGGUGAUAAUAAAAUGCAAAAUAUUGAAGCGUCUUCUUCACAACCAGUAACAAUUACUGUUUAUCCAUCACCUAUGGAGCAGACGGAGAGUAUUUCUCACAAAGAAGCAGUUGAUAAUAGUGAAAACAGUGCGAUUGAUCGUGACAGUUGUGUGAAAUCAACAGAAAUGAAUAAAGAAAAUUCCAGCGGUGUAACUGAUGCAGUGGAUUCCAAUAAAGAUAUUCCAAAGUCUGCAGUUGAAACUGGCAGUGAACACGGCGAACAACAUAUCGCCGCCGUAGCUAGUGAUUCUGAGGAUACUACUUCUAAUCGUUAUCAGUUUAUUGAAGAGAUAAGACGUCGUGAAUUUGGAUUGGGUGUAGAAUUAAGUCAAGAAGCAUCUGAUUUAGUUCAGAGAGUUGAAGGUAAGCUAUCUCGAUCUCUGGUUCAAUUAUCCGAAGAACUCUACGGCUUACCAGGACACUUUCUACUAGAAUUGAUUCAAAAUGCUGAUGAUAAUUCCUAUACUGGUGGUGGUGAGAUGCCACCAACACUGGAAUUUCAUUUAUCAUCCAAUAUACAAAAGCCUAUGGUUUCCAAUGACAACAAUAAUAGCAAUAAUCCAUGUAAAACAUCUUGUCUACUUGUUAUGAAUAAUGAAGCUGUUGGAUUUAGUGAAUACGAUAUGUCUGCACUAUGCGAUGUUGGCUUGAGUACGAAGGUAACUCAACGUGAAUUAAAAAUUGGACGUAAAGGGAUCGGUUUUAAAUCAGUCUUCAAUGUUACAAAUGCACCAGAAAUUCAUUCCAAUGGAUUUCAUGUUCGUUUUCAUAGACAGUCGAAGGUGGUGAAUCAGUCUAACACCACCACCACAGCUGGAGAAGCCCCAUCAUUGAUACUAAUUCCUGAAUGGUGUGAAAACUUCACCUCAUCGUCACCAGUUCCAUCAUGGUGUAAAACAUUGUUUGUUCUACCACUAACAUUCGAUAACAAUAAUAAUAGUCAUCGUUUAAUUGGCCAAUCGUCUACACUUCAAAUGAUCCAGCUAGUUCAGACUACCCUACAUCCUAGUCUAAUGCUGUUUCUUCGACGUUUACAAUGUCUUACAUUUUCUUCUGCAGAGCCAAAUAUGUACUGGAAUUUAAAACGGACUACAAGUACACUGUCUACAUAUAUGUCAGGCAAAAUAAAGUGUUUUGCUGAAGUGAUUACAGUUGAAGAGACUCAGCGUAAUACAUCGUCAAGUGUUGAUAAUACAACUACUACUAAUAGUAAAGUUCUACUGCAUAAAUGGUUCGCUUUCAGGCAGUUAAUUCCUGUUGAUAUCAAAGAUAUGAGAAAGAAUCUUCCAUCACAAACAGAAAUUUCAUUAGCUAUCUCCUUGAGUGAUUCAGAACCAUUGACAACUUGUCCAAUUUUCUCCUACUUACCAGUACGUAGUGUUGGAUUUCGAUUCUAUAUUAAUGCUGAUUUCGAUUUAACAUCAUCACGUGAAGAUGUGGAUUCAACUAGUGCUUGGAAUCGUUGGCUUGUCGGCAAAAUACCGAAUGUAUUCUCUGAUAUGAUUCAGUGUAUUGAAAAGUUACCGCCAUCAUGUUUCAAGCAAAAUGCUAACGACAACCAGCACUCCGAAUUGCCUGAAUCCAAUUCUCAGUUGGGAUACACACGUAUUGAGUUGAUUGCUCGUAUCAUCUCGUGUCUACCGUAUGAUUUAUUAUCAUCAUCUUCGACGCUGACGUUGACAGCUGGUGGUGCUAGUAGUCGUUCUACAACAACAGCAACGACAACAUCAACCAUAACAAACGAUAAUGUCUUCUUUGGUUUACCGAGUCAAUUACGCAGUAAAUUAUCAAAUAUCGCUUGGUUACCAGGUAUUCGACGAACUGAUCAAUUGAUGACAGACAAUGAGGUAUUUGAAUAUGUCACUGCAUCUCGUCUGCUAGUUGUCCCUGCGACUUCAACAUCGUCAUCAUCCUACUCACGAUUGGAUAAGGAGAAUAAACAGCCUAAAGGAAAUAUUGAUACUGUAACUUCUUCAUGCAAUCCGGAUAUACUCCUUAUCCACCUUCUAGUCAACUGUCUACAAAUGUUUGAACCUCAUGAAGACUUAUUUAUGCAUAGAAAAGUGUAUCAACGUAAUAAGAUGUCAACUACGACAGUUGAUAAUAGCGACACCGUUGGCGAUGAUAUCGUUGUUGUUAAUGAGAAUGAUGAUGAUGACGGUGGUGAUGUUGACAAUAGUAUGGAUGAUAAAUGGCAAUCGAAUUAUCAUCUAAUCAAUCGAAUCCGAGUGGAAGCAUUACAUUGGCUUGGUACCCAGUCACUAUCAAUUACUUCACUAUUGGAUUUAGCUACAAUUUUAAAACCUGAGGAUGUUAAUCGUCCCGGUCUGUUAUCAGUACUCAUAUCAAGUUUUGAGGCAUGUCUAUCUGCUCAUAAUACCUCGUCAGGAGCAUCCUCGAAACCAUCAACUAUGGUAGCUAGGCGUCGUUUACUCACAGCACUACAACACCUGCCAAUAUUUCCGUUAACCAAUGAACGCUGUAUUCGAUUAAAUGAUAAGCAAACGCAUUCAUGGGCUGAUGAUAUUCAUCCGGCUGUCUUGUUACCACCUCAUCCAUCUGAGCUUAAUUCUGUAUUAAUUGGAAUUUCAUAUGAUGAAUAUAUAAGUAUGUUGGAGAAAUUAGGACCAUUGAUUAAACCAAUCGCCUUUCACAAUUGCCUUCAAGUAGACAAUAAUAAUGCUAAAAGUCACCAUGUCAACAUGCCCAAAGAAUUCUCUCCCCUGUUGACUAAUGAAUCUCCGAUGGGUUUAGGCCUGCAAAUAGCAACACCGUCUAUUGUCUUAAAAGAAUGGAUUAUACCUUAUUUAAAAAAAUUAAAAAAUCAAGUCGAAUUGAAUAACCAGAGUUCAGAGAGUAUUAUCAAUUGGUGUCUAACGAUUGGUCAAUUCUAUGCUACAAUUGAUAUUAAUUACAAUAGUCUAUUGAAUAUUGGACAUAAGACAUUAUUACACAACUAUGAAUUCAGUGCUCUACUACCAAUCAUUGUAUCAGAUAAUCACGGGAAAGAUUGUCUACUUCCACCAUUAUGUAAUGAAAGUGGAUAUAGACGUGUUGAACCAGUAUUCUUACCUCCAGCAUCAUUUACAAUCGCCACAUCGUCUGGUCAAAAUCAGAAAAACUUGAUAGAAGAAUUAGAAGUGGAUUUAUUCAGAUUUUUAAUGGAUCAAAUCAAUACAAUCACUGAUUCUUCUUGUAGUUCUGUAUACACAGUAUCAUCGAAGUAUUUUCAGCAUGGUUUUUCAAAUCAUGAUCACCGACAAGGUUGUCGAUGGUUUAAUUUAUUCUCUGGCGCUGGUGUCUGCACACUGUUAUCAGUGCAUAAAGUUAAAUAUGUUUACCAGCCAUCUGUCACUACUACUACUACUAUUGCUACUAACAAUGGUGCUAAAUUUUCCAAUUUAACAAAAGAUACAAUCCCCCUGCCUAAAAAUCAUCGUUUACAAAAUUACAUCAUUGAAGCGUUGAACAAAGAAGGACUGACGACACCAUGUGUAAUCAAUGAUCCAUCAUUGGAAAACAGCAAUACUAAAAGUACAGCCUGUUGGUUAAUUGAAGAUUAUGUUUCUCCUGGUCUAGAAUUACUCCUGAUAUGUAUUGCUAGAUUACAGGAUAAAAUGAUUGGCAAAGGGAUAGCAGAACGCCUGAGUUGUUUACUACACGAUAAUUGGUCUUCUUAUGCUGAUGUUUGUUCUGCCUACUAUACUCGUAUGCAAAUUGAUUCAUAUUGUCAAACAACUAAGGAAGACUUAGCAUCAUCCAGCCGUUUUCUGACUAAAUCCUCAAAUCUGCCUAAUAUGAAAGAUACCCUACACUAUUUAUCCUAUUCCUCAUGGUUAUGUAAACUGCGUGAAACAGCUUGGUUGCCUGUUGAACAACAACUAGGCGGUGGCAAAGACAACAAUGACAACACAUCAAUUCAACUUUCAAGUCCCACGACAUCAGGUCAGUUAGUUUAUUCACCAGCAGCUUUCUUUCAACUGGAGUCACAAAACACCAGUUUGUAUCAACUAUUGAAAGAAACUUGUUGCAUUUGGUCACCUGGAGAAUAUAUUCAAAAAAAUCCACUGGAUAGUCAAUUUACAAAAGCCAUUGGUCUUAUCGAUCGGCCAGAACGUUCAACAUUUGAGGCUUUAAUGAAAUCUCUAGGUGAAAAGGCCAGAGCUAAUCCCUUCGAUAUGCCUUAUUUAACACCAGAUUUAAUGUUAUUCAUCUAUCGUACAGCUGUACAAUAUUAUCUACGUGAAGACUACUCUUACUGUUAUAAUGAUAAUUCUCAGGCAUCUGAUUCAAAUUCUACUGGGAAAUCAUUAACUCAAUGGCUACGUGAUGUAUUCGCUAAUCCUGACUAUCCGUGUAUAUUAGUUCAAUGUCCAAGAAGCAUUAUUACACCGAAUAAACCGCUGGGCGGUAAACGUCCACGUAAAGAUCAUGAUGAUAGUACUACAAGUCUAAUCUCUGUGGAUGGUAUCAGUGAUUAUGAUUGUCCUAUAUGUAGUAAUAGUAGUGCUACUAAUAUUAAUAUCAUAAAAUCAACAUCAACUGUACCAGGAAAACGAUUACAUUGGUCAAGAGUUGGUUAUAUACCUGUCACAGAUAUGGAUACUGAUGGAGACGGCGAAUCUACACCGAUAUAUCAUCUAGUUGAUAUUGAUAUGGUCUGUUGGCAGUCAGUAGCUAUUGAUCAUAUUCUAAGUUAUAAUGACGGUGAUGCUAGUGAGAAAGUUCCAGCAACGACAGUCGCUGAUACUGCUGAUAUGGAUGAAGAUGGCACAGAAGAUGAAGAAGAGGAGGUUGGCGGAUAUGCUGAUGAUCAGUGUCUCCUGGUGUUACCUUCUACACAGCUUAGUGAAGAGACAACAGCAUUUCCAGCGAAGACUAUUCAUCGUUCACGUGUAUUUGUCUUAUCGAAAUGCUAUGGUUCAGAGACACGUCAAUUCUUUAUUGAAAAGCUUGGUUUGCCAACCACCUCAACAAUUGAUGAAAUUCUCUCCUUACGUCCUAAUCUACCGAAAAAUGCAUUAAUGCAAAAGCGUCAUAUGAAAUCGAUGCAUGAAUUUAAUAAGCGUUUAAGUCAUUGGUACGCUUUAUUAGAUUAUUGUCUACGUGAAGAAUAUGCAACAAUACAAUAUCGCCUAAAAGAGGAUAGUAAUGGUGGUGAUCAGAAAAACCUGGAUGAACAACGACGAAAGCAAACGAAACAACGUCGAAAUCUUUCAGCUACUACUGCUACUAGUAACAUCGAUGUAGAGUUGAAUAAAAGUUCACUCAUGAAACAUAUCAAGCAGUUUUCCAUUCUGUUAGAUUCAUUCGGACAAUGGCAUAGACCGUGUGAUAUUGUUACACUGUUGCCUUCUGAAGUGACCAUUGACUCACCUGCAGCACUUGUUGCUGAUAAAGUCUGUUUAUUCGCUUGGUCGAAACCAAUGUACGCUAAAAUGAUUCAUGAAGAAAUUAUUUCUAAACAGUUGAAUACUAAUGAUAAUAAUGAUGGUAGACGUAAUACUUCAUUUGGAGUUCUAGCGCAAAGUCUGCAGUGUCUACAUUCACGAUAUACAACAAUUAAUCAUCCUACAAGACCUCAUUUAUCCUCAGGCUCAUCAACAUUCAGUACUUCACUUCUAUUGGAUCAGUUUACGUCGUCAGCAUCAUCGUCGUCAACGUGGUCAUCUUCAUUGCAGUCAUCCACAGCAGCUUCAUCAUCAAGACAAUAUCAUAAUGAAGGAACUGCACAUAGUCUACUGCUUGAUUUAUUGGGUUUACCGAUCAUAGAUCGUACUGGUGAUUUAAUUAUUAAACAUCAUGGGGAUAAAAGCUGUGUCACCACGCAACCACAGUCGGAUUCCUUUAUGAUACCUUGUCGAUCAUUGGACAUGUUUUUAAAAGGUUUUAUGCGUUUAAUCCUGCUUUGUCACUCUUCUAAUAGUAGUAAUAGUACUGCUACUAGACAGUAUAUUUUCAACUCUACAACAGCAGCUACUGGGAUUGAUCAAGAGGCUAUUCGUUCAAUUAUUGACUCGAAAGAGAUUAACGCAUUUUUGGUUGAUCAUUUACACACAUCUAUAACCUUUAACACAUCAAAAACCAUCAAUGGGAUAGCUAAUUUCAAUCAGCUGCCGUGCAUAUCAAAACGUCUAAUCAGCGCUUUGUUAAAUGGCAAGCUAUUUCUCGACAGUACAUUCGGUGCUCAAAUAUUUGCUAAUUUAUCACAAAUACCUCCAGAGAACAGUAUACAAUUAAUCUAUGUAUUAUUUGCUUGUAUGAAUGAUCCAAUUCUGUACAAUAAAAAUACUACUACUACUACUAAUAUGCCUAAUAUUAGUAGUAGUAGUAGUAAUGAUACCAUUGAGAAUUCGAUGUUAUCCCAAAUUAUCGAAUUUAUCUGUCCAUAUGGUGGACAGAAUAAAGUGAAUUUAAUACAAUUUAUUCAAGGUUUUAUUAACCUUGCUCUGUCUAUUCAACCUGAUCCCCAAAUAAUGAUAAGCGAAGGUAUCAAUUCCACCUUUUUGCAUCAAUUAGAGAAUUAUCUUGUCUCACAUGGUGUUAAACAAAUGCGAGCAAGACGUGAAUUACGUCUGUUAUGUCCUCGUCAGUCGUUGGUGCCACCACCACCAAUGCCUUUACAACAACAGGAACCAACUGUAUCUAUGCAUCUAUGCAAUGAAAGUGAGGAUGCAAUAAUUGCAAAUACUUCUGAUAGCUUGUCGUCAGUUAAUCAAAAUAUAAGCGAUCGCCUUACUUCAUUCGAUCAAGUGUCUACAAAGCCAACGAUGUCGUAUACUUCACAGAGUACAAGAUAUGAUACAACUAUUACUGCUCUUCAAGCUGCAGCUGCUCCGUUCCUUCGUCUUUCUAAAGAAACUGUCCAAACCAUUGAUAGUAUAUCCUCACCUCUAACAAAAUACUGGUCACAGGAGAAUAAUACCAGCCUUCCAGAAUACUUAAAAACACGUCUACAGCGUAUCCUAUCUAAUCCAACCGACAAGUUGACUAAUAAUAUUGGUCGUCUAGGUGAAAUGUACAUUUAUCAAACCCUAUUAGAUUAUAUUCGUCGAGGUGAAAAUCGUCAUCAGACUGGUUUUGAUGAAAUGACCAAUUGUGAUUUUCCUACGGGUCAUCCAUUACUCGGUGUUGGACGAUUAAUUCGAUGUAACUGGUGUAAUUCGGAUAAUGAAUCAAUGAGACCAUAUGAUCUGGAAGUAGAUGUCCAAGUUGAAUGUGAUGCGAAUAAAUGGAACGGAUUAAUGGAGAAUUUAAGAAAUGAGUUGGCGUGUAAUAUUGUUCGUGUAAUUCGUAGUCCAUCGUCGUCAUCAUCAUCAUCACAUCAAGAUACUAAAAGUUCAUCGUUGUCAUCGUUACGACCAGGUGUAUUAGCCAUUGGUCCUAUAUUCCUUGAAGUCAAGUCAACAAUGACACCAAACAAUAGCACCAAUAAUAAUACUAACAAUAACAAUACUACCAACAAUGAAAUUAAUGCCAAUUCAAGUACAGAUUUAUUUGAAUUCUCCUUACCUGAGCUGUUGUGUGCCUCUCAACAAACCUGGCGUUAUCAUUUAUUACGUGUAAUAUGGAAUAAUGAUGAUAUUACUGGUUCGAGUAUUACUUCUACACCAAAAGUAAUACAUAUACCAGAUUUAGCUGGUGUAUUGAAACAGAAAUCAAUGAAUCUAAAAUUGUGUUUAGCUAUGCUAAGAAAUGAAUCUAUGAGAUGA